AUGUCACUGUUGCAUUUCCGGCGAAAGCAGCAAAUACUGCAUACAGUGGUGCAAGGCGCUCAACUGUGUGGAAAUAAUUGGCACAUUUGCCGGGAGACUUUUUCCGUUUAUUUUGGCUUCCUCUCGACGAUUCUGGAGUUAGUGUGCCCGACCAUGUACCACCUAGGUAAACCUACACAUGGCUCGCCGCCGUUUGGACCUCCGCCACCCCGUGGCCCACCUUUUAGACCCGGAGGAUCCUGUGGUAUUCCUCCCCCUGGACAUUUGCCCCCUGGACCUUGUGGACAGUUUGCGCCCUCAGCACCGGAUAGCCAUUUUCUCCACAACAGGCCACCGAGAGGGCAUUUCAUCAGUCCCCACUGUAGCAGCUUCUCCAUAGACCGUAGUACAGUGAUUGCUUUGGGAGGCAGCCAGCAGAUUGUCCCUCACACAGAACCACCACACCUUCAGGUCCCACAGUGGAAUCCCAACCCUGUGGAACAUCAUCUUCCAGACAACAGUGAACAAGCUGGUGAGGAAUUCUUGAGAUGCAUUGCAGCCAACAAACCUCUCCCAGACUAUCUGAAAGGGGACAUGGCAUACAACCUUGCUGAUGCAUUUAAGUCAGCCAAUGCCCUGAAAGAUGCAGUAAAAUCAGACCCCGAGUUCAAGAAGCAUGUCACCAGGAGCCGAAGUCGUGGCAGAAGCCGUGGGAGAUCUCGAGCAAAGAGCCAUGCAUGCAGCAGAAGCAGAGGAAGAAGCAAAAGUCGUGCCCGUGGCAAGACUCGACCUAGAAGCAAAAGCAGGGCAAGAGGCAACAGCAGGGCUCGCAGUCGGAGUCGAAGCAGGAGCAAAAGCAAGAAGAAAAGUCAUGUACGGAGCAAGAGCCGGGUUAGGAGGUCCAAGUCACGAAGCAGUAGCAGUGAAAAGAGCCAUGCCAAAGACAAAAAGAGAAAGAGGAGCCCUAGCCACAGCUGCAGCAGCAGUGUUAGCAGCAGUAAUAAUCUGACAGGGAAAAGUUUGUUAGAAGGACUGAAGCUGGUCAUGAACAGCAAAGAACUGGAAGAGCGGUUGCCCACCCUGAAAGAUGCCAUCCUCACUAUUCAGGCCUCUGAUGAAAGCAAAAAAAGGCAGUGUGUGCCAGAUGAGUACAAACCUCCGCAACAUGACAGUCAGGAAAAUUCAGCAUCACUGGAAACUGAUAGUAUGCUCCUUCCCCAUGACAGAGUAGGCAGUGACUUCUCUUGGCUCCAAGGACAAAGUCAAGAAGACACCACAGUUCAGAAAGCUGAUGAGCUUGAAGAUGAAGAGUCAUUCUUGUAUGGGAAUGAAGACACCGGAGGAAAACAACCCAAUAAAUCAUCUGCAACCCUUUUUGCACCAUUUUCCCAGAUGUCAGAACAAGGUAAACUACAAGGAAUGGAUGUUUCUGCUCUUUGCAGUCAACAGCAUGAGUCCAUUCUCAGUGGCUCUGGGAAUCUGCUUGAUCUGAAGCAACACCUUCAGAUAACCUCCUCAAGACUAGCGUCUGCCAAGCUGGACAGCACUGAGUGUGAGAAGAUCAAGAAUAUAUUAAAAAGUCAGGGCACGGCAGACAUCAGCAAGAUCAUGGUGAAAAAGCAUGGGCAGAAGGAGGAGAAGCAGCCUCCUGCACUUCUUGGUUCUAACCUAACAGCAACAAGCUUGGCAAUGCCAGCAAUGAAUAACCCUAACAUACAGCAAGCUCUGGAAUCCCUACAGUCUCUGAUCAAAGCAACAAAGGAGAAGCGGGCAAAAAGUGAUGGCAGUGGUACAUUUCAGACCUCUGAUAAACACAAGGCAAGUGGCAAUGUGGAGAGGAAGAGAGAGAAACAAGCCAGAAUAAGUAAAAUGGAAUCAUUGAUGAAGGAACUGGAGGGAUUGUUAAAACAGGAUGGGUUGAGUUUUCUGACACCAGUGAUUGGGUUUUUCUGCCAGAAAUGUGAGGAGUUCAUUGGAGAUUUGAAUUGUGCUGAAAACCAUGCAGCCAUCCAUCAACACAGUAACUCUCACAGUCAGAAAGGGCAGAUAAGCGAGCAUGCUGGAGACAGCAAGGGACACUCAGACUAUUUUAGCAGUGGCAGUAACAGACACCCACUCCCUUCCGACAGGAGAGAUCACAGGGACUACAGCUACCAUAGAGAUUCAGCAGACCACAGAAAUCACAGAGAUUAUCAACAAGACUGGAGGGAUGAGAGAGAUCACAGAAACAAACUCAAUGAUGACUGCAGAAAUUACAGGGAGAGGAAGGAAAACAUGUUGUUGAAAGAAGAGAUGAGUAAGGAGAGGAUGCUCAUAACGGUGUCCCGUGGCCUGACACCUCCCUCAAAUGUCAGGGUCAAGGAGGAAGUGAACAAGGAGCAGACCAUCAGGAGCUGUAACAAAGUCAAAUUGGAAGAUGCAAACAAGGACAGCAGACAAAAAGAUGAAAGCAGUGAUGAUAGUGUUGAUGACAAAGGAAAAUCACCUAAAGUAAAAUCACCUAAAAAGAAAAAGAAGAAGAAGGAGAAAAAGAAGAAGAAAGAGAAGAGGGACAAGUCCUAAUUCUUGUAUUAUACUUCUCAGAUGGUGUCAGCUGCUUAUUGUUGUCCAACUUAAAGGUCCAAGUUUCAUCAGUACACUUUUAUCAGUUUCAUAAUUUUCUCUUCCCGGUCAGUUCUUUUUUGUUGGUGUGAUCAGAAGACAGAGGUAGGCCAUCAGGAGUGAGUCACCAUUGUGGCUAAAGGAAUGGUCUGACAUGUUAGAAAUUGCACUUGUUUGCUGUAAACCAUUUUUAAAGAGAAGAUAAAUAUCAAUUUAGUCUUUGUGUGUGUAGCACAGAGAUGGCUCUUACCUAUAGUUAGCAGGGGAUGUUUGUUGGAGGUUCUCCACUCCUGAUAGAACAGCUUGCAGUGUUUUUGCUAAUCAAGAUCAUCUCACACACAGAAGAAACUCAUAUAUAUUUAUCUGAGUGCAUUUUCCAAAAUGUCAACAUGCUCCUUUUGCUAAGUGGUUACCUACAGAUCUAUGCAUGAAAAAGAAGAUGCUGAUGUUUGAAAUGUGUCAUCCCACUCUGGUUUAAUGUUUUCAAUUAAAUGUAAAAAAAAAAAAAAAAAAAAGUUGUGAGUUAUUUUUGUCAACAUAUUCAUCUUUCUUGAUACCAUUGCUACUGUGUGCAUAUUUUCCAAGGACCAACAGCUCUGUAAUGUUAGAAAUGUAAUAUGUGAAUUUGCAUUUUUUCAUUUUUUGUUUUGACUUGUCUACAUUUGUAUCUGAAAUGUAACAUUCAAAUUAAAUUAACCCAUGAGUUCUUCA